GCCGUGACAACUUGACACCUCCUUCCGUAAGCAGAUACAUACACGUGCUGGCAAACGGGCUCCUGAGGCGAGGGGCUAGCAGGCCAGCAAGCGAACUGAAUAAAAGAGAGCCACAGCUUUCUUUACACGGACCCGCGCGUGGCCAAGACGACGAAUCCCCGCCCCUCAUUUAGAAAGGCCCAAGAGCAGCAAGCAACCGCUUCCUACAUCUCGCAUUCUCUCUCUAUAUAUACAUUCGAGAGCCGUCACGAUGGGACAAGCACAAUCGGAGAUCCUCCGGGAUAUGGAGCAGAGCUCCAACUUUUCUGCGGCCGAGAUCAAGCGUCUGAAGAAGCGGUUCAUGAAGCUUGACACUAAUGGCUCUGGAUCGAUCGAAAAGGAUGAGUUCCUCUCCAUUCCGGCGAUAGCGAACAACCCGCUCGCGCAUCGAUUGAUCGCGAUCUUUGACGAAGACGGUGGCGGGACGGUCGAUUUCACCGAAUUUGUCGCGGGCCUGAGCGCAUUUAGUAACAAUGGAAGCAGGGACGAGAAGCUAAGAUUUGCCUUCAAGGUAUACGACAUGGACCGAGACGGGUAUAUCUCCAACGGAGAGUUGUUCUUGGUGCUCAAGAUGAUGGUGGGGAACAACCUCAAAGACCAGCAACUGCAGCAGAUUGUCGACAAGACCAUCAUGGAAGCAGACCAGAACGGCGACGGCAAGCUCGACUUUGAAGAGUUCCAAGCUAUGGUCGCGAACACUGACAUCGCUAAGCAACUAACGCUCGAGGACCUGUUCUAAGGCAGCCGCCCCAUAAAACCUCUGCGCCCGUCGGCGCAUCGUGUGCGUCGCCUUGUGCUGCGCCCAUUUCACGGAGCGCGCGGCCAACGAAGGAUGAAUGCACGCGGCACACCUCUCGCACCGCCCCCCAUCCCCUGUCACACUUUCUUUUCCUUUGCGAGUGAGACUGUAUCAUACCAUACACCAUACUGGGAUUUCUUCUUUGCCUCGUGG